UGCUGAUGCUGUACUCGCCGGCAUCUCGUUUCGCGGUCCCUGUGCAAGUCGGUUUCAUUUUCCAUACGGAUUCCCUGGUUUCUGAAAGAUCUGUUGGAUUAAUUGUGUGAGCUGAUUUUGUUUGAUUUCUUUUGAACGAACGGCAAUGUUUUUUUUUCAGUGUUAUAUGUUAUAUGAUAAAAUGACUUAUGGAGCUGGGUGUGUGAGUGAGUAAGUGCCUGACUGGAGGAACGGAAACGACAUUGGAUGUAGAAGGCAACUUUCUUAUCCGUAAAGAUGUUUCCAAGGAAAAUCGUGCUAUUAUGCAUUAUAUCAGUGGGUAUUACAUUCGUAUUUUUUGACUUACGCAGAACUAUUGGCCCGUCCUCGAGCCCGAUGCGAGAGGGAGGCCCGACCUGGAGGCCGAGCGAGCGCCCCGAAGAUGGAGGCGGGGGCGUCGACGCCGAGCUCCGCCAGACCGUGUUGCUGCUGAGCUCCGUCGGCCGCAGCGGCUCCAGCUUCCUGGGCGAGGUCCUGGCGUCACAGGCAAGGAAUAUGUACUUUUACGAGCCCGUGCGAGCCAUGCCGGAGGGGGAGCGCGGCGACAGCGCACUCGUGCUGGCGGAGCUCCGGAGGUACUUCCACUGCGAGCUCCGAGAAGGCUUCCUCGACCUGGUGAAGGAGCCGUACAAGGCGGCGCGGCACCCGGCGACCAAGGGCAGGGCGCGAGGGCAGGUCUCGACCGAGGAGGUCCAGCGGCUCUGCAGGAAGGAGCCCCUGAGAAUCAUCAAGACGAUCCGCACGCGCCUGCAGUGGGCGCGGGAGCUCCUCGAUGACGCAGAACUCAACCUGAAGGUGAUCCACCUCGUGCGGGAUCCUCGGGGCAGCGCCGUCUCCAUGGCGGCCCUCGACUGGAAGAAGGGCGUCGAGGAGACGUGCAGCGCGAUUCAGCAGGACCUUCAGCUGAAAGAGGAAAUGGAAAGAAAGUACCCGGACAGGUACUUCUUCGUGAAAUACGAGGAGUACUGCCUCGACCCCUACAGCAAGACGCGACAAAUCCUCCGCUUCCUACGAGACGGGGACACUGGAGCAGACCAAGGAAGGGACCAGGAAAGAGAUCGGGAGGGGGGCCAGCUCAGGGACCAGGAAUGGGACCAAAGGGACUACCAGGAAGGCGGCCAGGAGGAGGACCAGCUAAGGAAUCGGGAAUGGGAACAGAGGAACCACCAGGAAGUAGACCAGCUAGGGGGCCAGGGACGGAACCAGGAAGGGAACCAGAGACGGGAUCAUGACGGAGGCGAAGGAACCCAAAGAAGGGAGAGGGAAGACGAACAGAAAGAGCACCAGGAAGGAGACCAGAACGAGGCCCUUGCCAUCUCCCGUCCCCCUUCUGCUUCAGAGGACCUGCCUGCAGAGGUGCUCCUCUACCUCGACUCCCACGUCCACGUCACCCCGGCCACCAAAAGGAGCCCCUGGACCACUGCGCGCAACACCUCGAAUGUGCACCAGCAGUGGCGCAGCAAGAUCUCCCAAACGAGACUGACGAAGGCGGAGGACGCGUGUCGGGACGUUAUCCUCCACCUCAACUACAGGCUCUUCGGCAGCGUCGCCCUCGCCAGGAACAUGUCUGUCCCGGUGUUUGAUUAUUAUUGGCCGCCAGCACAGCCAUAGAAGAGGACAUAUA